AUGGUACUUUCGUCAAAUUGGUUGGAAUUGCAAAAGAAAUCUGGAGAUGUAAGCAUUAAAAAGAGGAAAUCUAGUAAGAAAUCUAAUAAAAUUGCCAAGCCUGAUGUCAAACCCAAGAAGGAGCCCAGUAAAGUAAUGCAAGUGGUAUAUGAAAUGAACCGAGCUAUUAAAAAAGUGGAAGAGGAUAAGAAACAGGGCAAGCAGCCUGAAGUAAAGACGCAAGUCCCAUCAAAAUUGGAUGAGCUGUUAGGUAAAGAUGUAUCCAGUACAAAAUCCAAAGAUAUUGGUAAAUUCAUAGCCAUAGAUGGUGAAUUUGUUGGUGUGGGGCCUGAAGGUAAAGAAAAUGCAUUAGCAAGGGUUUCAUUGGUGAAUUAUAACGGAUAUGUGAUAAUGGAUGAAUACGUGAAGCCUCGAGAGAGAGUAGUAGAUUGGAGGACAUGGGUUAGCGGUAUUGAACCAAAACAUAUGAGGAUUGCUAUAGAUUAUAAAGAAGUACAACAAAAAGUCGCUGAUAUUUUACGAGACAGAAUACUAGUGGGGCAUGCAGUUGCUCACGACCUUUCAGCUUUAGCUCUCAAACAUCCAAGGUCAAUGAUAAGAGAUACUUCUCUUUUUACACCAUUUAGAAAAGAAUAUGCUGAAGGUAAAACACCAAGUUUAAAGAAAUUGGCUAAAAACGUGCUUGGUAUUGAUGUUCAAGAGGCUGAACAUUCUUCUGUAGAGGAUGCAAAAAUUACUAUGCUACUGUACAAAUCAAGAAAGAAAGAGAUUGAUAGAUUUCAUAGUGCUAAAAACGGUGGUGGUUGA